GGUUAGUUUCGUAAGGUUGCCGGAAGAGAUCGUGGGCACAGGAUGUGUCUCCUUUUACGCGCUUUAUAAUAAUGAACAUCUCACCAUUGCGCAGUUCCCAAAGAAAUGCGCGUCCGUGAUGCAACGCUUCGCAUGUUUGGUUGCACGUGGGGAACUCGCACCCCUGGCCUGUCCUUGGAUGUGGAAUACUCUGUCUGCAAAGCAGGAGGAGACCCGUUGGCAAUCAUGGGCGCAUCAGCGCGUGCGUCUUCAUUCCAGCUGUGCAGUUUCUCCAAAGCGCGCUUGGGACUGUCUGCGACGACAGUCUGCGCCAUUCUGCGCUGGGCAGGAAUACAGACUUUAUAGUAAAGAUAGAGACGGAGACUCUAAGGUCACUCGUCUUCCUGGCAUUACAGUAGUGGGCACCCCGGAUCCCGUGACAUGGAUCAGGAACAAGAUUAUUUUGUUUUUAAUUGAACUCUAUUUUGGCUUGAAUUUCAAUGUGGAGUUUGACAAUGGCGUGAAACAGGCAGUGGUCCAUGUCUCCGCCAUGCUAUCCAAAGGCAAGUUUGAGGAGUUGAGAAGUGUGAUGUCAAAAGAGGCUGUUGAAAGUGUCCGAAAGAAAUGUAAAAUUCUGUCAGAGACCCAAAAGAGACAUCUUGCGAUCCCUCUUGAAGACAUCUUAUUUCUACUUCCCGAGGAUGUUUCUAUAUUCUUUGACCAGAGAGGCAGGAAGUUCUGUUACAUCAUGAUGAGGUUUUGGCACCUGUCCAGUGCAGAUGUACCUGACGACCCCGAGAGCACCCGGGUCUUCAAGAUGGACUUCUCUGGAGACCAAGACGGCCCUCAAAAGAAGAUCAUCACAGCUGUGUAUGAGUUUCAUCGUGAGUUGACGGUUGGAGCCGACCCAGACUGGACGGUGACCAGCAUAUGGCACUGGAAACAUCUCGAGUGAGACCCAUCACUCCGGAUUACACUUGAAACUUUACCACACUAAAACUAGAAUUACUGAAAUGUUUUUGUUUUUUAGCAAAGGCAGAUGAACUAUCUCAACUAGAGGUCGACCGAUAGUGGAUUUUGCCGAUACUAAUAACUAAGGUGGUGGAAAAUAUGACAACAGAUUAAUCGGACGAUAGUUUUUUUUUAAAUCGAUUUAUUAAAUGUUAAAAAAUGUAAUCUUAGUCUUUCCUUAUUGUGACAGGCGCAGACAUGGAUGCUGCAAGAGUCAAAAAUCUGUCAAAUCCCACAUGCGUGUUUGUUGUGCAACCAAAAUCCAAAUAAUAACCAGAACAAAUGAAGAUAUGGUGCAUAACGCUGGACUUUUAAUUAUAAACAUGCCGAAAAUACACCAGGAACUCUUAUUUUGCAAUGUCUGUGCUUCCAGCUCACACAAACACACAAGGGAAAUAAAACGUUCACUUUUAAAAUCAUCUUCGAUGUAUUACAAUAGAAUCGCUAUGAAGUAAACAUUGACAUAUGGGCUAAUAAAUACUGUAAGAGCUUUAAUUAAGCAACAGAUGAUCAUCAUUCAUCAAUAGUUGAUCAUCAGGGGUAGCUUGUCUGUUGAACAGGUUUUUUUAAUAACAUUUCACAGUAUUGAUCGUGAAAAAGUCCAUAAACGGUGAUGGUGACAGAGUCUUGGCUCCAUUACAAUCAGGGCCAUUUCUAGGCAUAGGUGAAAUAGAUAGUCACCUAGGGAACCACCUGGUGGGAGGGCGUCAAAGAGGAGGCCUCUGCCAAACCACCCCCCCACCCCACCCCUGAUGGGGGCGCCAAUAGGGAUCUCGCCUAUGGCGCCAGAAUGGUCAGAAACGGCCCUGAUUGCAAAGCUCUACAUGUAUACAAAUAUUCACCAAGUUAAUCUUUUUGCAGUCUACAUAUUCAUCAGAUUAAAGGUUUUGGCCACAGAGGAACACAGAAGAAUAGAAAAAAUAUAUCGGCAAACAUCGCUGUCGAUCUUUGCCAAUAACCGUUCCAAAAUGCAAUUAUCGAUACUGAUUAAAUGACAAAACCGAUUUAUCGGUCGACCUCUAGCUUUUAUGCCUCUCAUCCACACUGGAAUGGCAUUUUCUUCCACCAAAAACAGUCUUUUGAAAACACUCUCUUGUCCCACAUGCUUUGGAAAACUAUGAUGUUAAGUUUAGUGUGGACUCCAGCUACCUCCCUUAUACAAAGUGUACUGUUUAUUCAAUAAAACAACCCACAA